AAAGACCAAAACAUGGCGCUAGGCCCGCCAUUUUGUUCCAUAGGUUGUCCGUUCUCUGGCAGAGUCAGUAGUUCUUGUUUUUGUUCCGUGUUGGCUUAGCUUUAAAUUUGGAACAGCUGGCCCUAUUUCCCUGGGCUGUCUCCGCAGCGGUUCAUUUCGGCUCGUUUUCCCGUGUGUCUUUCGUAGGCUGCGCAUUCACUGAAGCCGUCAAGCUGCAACAUCCAGAUAUUCGGCCUGCAAAAGUUGUUAAGUACUUCAGUCACGUGUCUGUUGUCGACUGCUUGUCGGACCCCCCCAGCCAUUCUAGAUGAUCUUAGCGCCAAAAUCCGUGCAUUGUGACGGCGCGGGAACAAGUGUGAUUAGUUCGACCCCUAAAGUAGGGACGCUCAGCCAUUACCGUGGUUGCCACUGCCCUUGUAAUAGCCAACCGCAAAUAGGAUACCAAGCGGUGGCAUGUCCAGAAACGAGGACGAUGAGCCAAAUGCAGGAGAGGAAAGUGAGCCGGGAAUUGAAAGAGGCGUGGCACAGAUUCAUCGCCGCGCCGAGCCGGAGUCGAGAGUUGCAGAGUCAAUUGCUUGACACUUUCCUGGUGAAGCUAAUUGUCGAGUACCGGGAUGUGCCAAGCUCUGUGCAACUCACGGAGUGGGCCACUGCAGGAAAUGUACUGGCUCACCAACUUAUGCUUGAAGUGCAUGAAGCCUGCAGCGGGGAUGACCCCACACCAUGCCGUGAAUUCCUGCUGGCUGGGCGUGGCUGGAAGCUUUUGUGGGCCCUGGUUCGCAUUGGCUCCCAGAGUCUGCCCUGCUGCAAGGAAUUGUCCAGGGUUGCGAUCUCUCUCUUGUCAUUCUUCUCUAAGUUGGAAGAGCCAUGGUCUCCAGGAACCUUUGAAUGGGAAUUUGAAGAGAGGGAGCUUAUGGCUUGCUCUGUUACCACGACAAGCCCAGCCAAGGCCAGCCUGAAACAUCGCCGCUGUCGGCAGAAGCCCCGCUUGGACUCUUCGUCAGACAGCUCCGACUCGACCAACUCGGACCAUAUGGAAGUGCCUUCACCUCUGCUGAGACAGUCUACAGCCCUGUUUCUGUCGAAUAAAGAUCCAUUGGAAUCUGCCAGUGAGGGGUGGGAAGACCGUCUGUACUUGCGUCGGAGCGCACCUCUUGAAGAUAUGCUCACCGACGAGGAGGCCAAGAUUGUGGGUGCGCGCGUUGCUCCAUCAUUUCUACUGAACUGUCUCGUCACUCUUCUGACCCAGUCUUGUCGGGGUGCUGUUCACAAGGGCGAUCGCUGGCAAGCCAUUGCAACCUCCAUAUCGGGCCUCUGUCUGCCAGGUGCAUUGGAGCUCUUUAACAGUCUUUCCUAUUCGCCUCCAGCUGGCUCGCAGCUGAAGCACCUGCUUGGGCAGCCCAGUUCCAAAUCUCUUCAACAAAAGGUCCUGCGCCUCAUUGUCACCGCAACAUCACAGCUUCUCCGCGCUGGCUGUGGCUACUCACAUCAGUCCAUUCGCAAGUACCGUGUCCUCCUGACUCUUCUUGAUGCCUGCCAGCCUGCGUUGGAUGCUGGGGACUCGCAGUCUGUGGUGGAAAGCAUGUGUGCCGCACUGAUGUUCAUCCGUGAUGCGGUUCAUGGUUUUCCUUCCUCGGAGGGCAGCUUGAACUGGAUUGUGGAAGCCGUGCACAGGCUCUGCUCUCACAGCAGCCUGCAGGCCGCAUUGCAUGCCUCUGAUCAUUCAUCCUGCACCAUCAUCGGAGGGCUUCUUGCUGACAUCAUCUUGUCGCUGAAGCGUGCUAAAAGUGCGCGAAGACAGGGAGUUGCAUUUCAUCAUCAUGACAUGCUUCUGGGGACGCAGCUCAGGCAUAGCAUGUCUGAACCUUUGUCGGGAUGUUGCAUCGCUUCCCUAUGCAUCGUCCUUCUCAAUGCACCGUUCCUGUCUACGCAGGCCUUGUUGCGCUGCGGCGUCUGCUGCUGCAUGGCGCUUGAUGAAGUCUUUGUGCCGCUCCUUCGGGACUUCGGCUCGCAGUCUGCGGAAGACAAAAACCAGAUUUUGCAGUUGCUCCAAAAGUGCCUCUGUGCGCAGAUGGGCCUCUUCUUGCAAGCAUGCUUCAGCUGUCGGGAACGCCAGGACAGGGGAGACAGCACGUGUGUGGCGUAUUCCUUGCUGCUCAAUCGUGGGGAUACGGAAACACAGACCCUGGUCGGCCGGCACUUGCUCGCCAUGAUGGAAGCGGCCCGGCAGCCAUUUCGUGACCUGAUCUGCACCCAAGUGGCCUUGCCUUGUUUCCUAGAGUUUGACUUUGCAAACGCAACCAGUGCAGAACCAGAACUGAACCCACUGUGGUUUUCGGUGUCUGCUUUUUCACUUUUAGGAGCCGAUGCUUCCAUGGUGUUCCCUACCGAAAGCGUGCAAAUCAAACGCUUGUACAGACUGCUCUCUCCUUCAGUUGCCCCUAUUUACAGGCACGCUGCUUUGGUUCUUAUUGAAACCCUCAUCCUUGCCUACGUGAGCAGCAUCAAGACAGAUGAAGAAAGGGCAGAAGAGAGCGGCAGUACCGAAAACAGCUUGAUGCAGUCCACCAGUGACACGGAGUCUAAUGCGCUGUCAACAUUCACGCAGUUUCUGGCUGCCGAGACUAAGGAAUUUAUGCGGAAGGUGAGGCCUCUUCUGACGAUGCAGUCCAUGGAGUCCCUGAAUGAGUCUGCCACUGAGGAGGGCUUGGAUGUGGACUCAACCUCCAGCCAGGAGGCGGAACUGUCGACACUGGCCGAGCUCUGGCUUUCCUGUCGCCGUGUGGCGCAGUGCAGUGCUGUGCGAUCUCAUCUGAGGAUGGGCAACUGCUGCGCAGAAGCGUAUCGGUUCCUGCUCUGGCUUGCCGACGAGACGGUGCGGCCUGGUCCAUGCUGCCGGAAAGUGUUUCCAGCGCUUGAGACUAUGCUUGCAUUGCUUCUUCAGUUGUGCCCGGUGCGACUGUGGUACCAGUCCGAGUGUCUCCAGCGCAAGGAGCUGGUGCGAGAGCUGCGCAACCGCCUGCACGGUUGUCCCAGCGUGAACCGCACAGCGGCCGAGUGGCGCUGCCUCCUCGAUGCUCUGCUUGGCAACCUUGUGCACUGGACACGUGUGCCCACUCUUUCGAGCCGCCCAAAGGUGGACAGCAGCCUAGUCUCACGUGCAGCCCUACUUCGAAAGGAGCCCAACUCUGAUUCCCUUGUGCCUACGGUGGACGAGGAGCUCGGCUACGACGCCGACUCUGAAUCGAGUCCCGACGACUAUGCAGCUUCAGAAGGGAUGUUGUCUGUUUCACGAGAAAGUGGGGACAUGUCGGUGGUGUGCUACGAGGAAGUGUGCUCCCUCGUGCUGGACCUGGUGUGCCGUCUCUGCCCAACCCGUGCAGAAGUGGCAUUGCAUGCCAUCCAACGGCUGACCACCCUCUGCUCCCAACAUCCCCUGCUCCUCACACUAUUCGUCAAAGGUGCUGUGGCAAAGCUCUGCCAUGGCCUUGGCUGCCUUCUGCACCUGCCUGACCAGCCUGACCUGCCAGAGCAUCAUACUCUAGAGCUGCAGGAGAGCCUGGUGUCCCUGUUGGUGCUCUUCUGUCGGCGCAGCCUUAGUGCCCAGGACCUCGUGGCUUACAUGGGUCUGCUCAAAGGAACUCAGUCAGCUUUUGGCCCUAUACUGAAAGGUCUUCUGGCCCUCGCCAACUGCGGAGAUCGUGGGCCGCAGUGCUGGCUGCAGUUCCCACCACUGGCAGCAGACGACGAUGAGGUCAUGCUCUUGCCCACACCACAACAGGAUGAAGAAGAAGAAGAAGAAAGAGGCAGGCAGUUGGCCGAUCUCCCGCAUGGAGGGGCAUCUAACCAGGCUGUGUUGGUGUUGCCGUUGGAAGAUCAUGGCGGCUGGUGUCCUCGUCGAGAAGGCUUCUCUCUGGCCUUCUGGCUUGCCCUGCGCUGGAGCUCGGUCCUUGGCCACGAAGGCAGCUCCCGACUGCACCUGGUGUCCCUGGGCUGCGGCCCGUUCCUGUGCGAGCUGUGGGCUGAGGACGUGGAGAAGGGCACGGUGUCCCUGUGGCUGACGCAGGAUGGCGCCAGCGUAGCAGAGAGUGCCGCCUGCAAUGCUGCCUCCCAAUGCAGCUUCGAGAGGGUGCUGGCGGGCCAUGGUUGGCACCACUUCGCCCUCGCCUACCACGAACAUGUGCCGCGAAGCACUCAUGAGACGGGCUGUUAUGCUUCGGUGACAUUAACAGUCGACGGUCGUCACAGUCGUUCCUGGCACCUGCCCCUGGAAGGACAGGGUGGUGACAGUUGCUUGCACCAGCCAGGACCGAUGCUUCUGAUUGGCCAGAGCGCAGGCACCGGCACGUCGGUGGCUCUGGUCGGCGGUGGUGUGUCGUGGAGCCUGGGAAACCUGCUCCUCUUCCGAGGCUCUUGCCUUGGAUCAGCCGAAUGCCUAGCUCUCUACUCGAGAGGUGCUGAUGCAGUCGUGCCCACUUCCUGCCUCCUGAGCGAAGAUGAAGAGUCGGCUAGAGUCGACAUCAGCCCUGGACUGGUGCGCAAGGGUUCCCUCAAGAAGAAGUGGCUUGGGCCCAGCAAAUUCCGGGAAGUGCUGGCUGCGUUGGAGGAUGAGCUCAUGGUGUGGUUCUCACCUCAAAGGAGUGACUCCUUUGUCAGUUAUCCACACAGCUCGCAGGCCUUUUCAUCAUUCCUGGCUGCAUCCAAGAAGCGCAAGCGAAGCGGACUUCCGCAGUCCAAGGCAGCGCAACGGCUCUCGCCUGUCCAACUGCAAUGGCAAAGGCAGCUCCAUCAUGCAGCAGCCAGCCUUGGAGGCCCCGGUCUUUUCCUGUUCCUUCUGGCUAGGGUAGUGGAGUGCACAACAGAAGACGGCCCCCAGGCAGCUGCUCUGGAGUUGGCCCUGGGCAUGCUGGGGCAGCCCAGUGCGACCUGGGGCACACCCAGAAUCCUGGUGGGUGCAAGUGAGGCGCUCAAUCUUCUGGGGCAGCUGGUCGAGAAUCAACGAUGGGCGGCCGAUUCACCACGCUGCCUCCUGGCGGCGGUGAACGCGUGCAGCAGCCGUCCCCUGCUGCAGUGGGAUGGGGAAGGCAGCGUGGAGGCAGUACGACACCCGACGGGCCAGGAGCCACUGCUUGUGUGGCCCCAGCUGGCUGGCACGCUCCUCGAGCACUGGCGGCCGGGACCUGGGCGGCGACGCCUCCUGGGUGCCAUGUGGGCACUACUGCGCGAGCGUCACCCGCACCGGGACCACAACCUGGCACAGGCGGCGCCCCUGCUGGGUUCCCUGCUGGUCGCACUCAGGCGCCUGCUUGUGGAUGAGAGUCAGGGGAGCCUGGGACCCCCUGGCACCCUGCCACUGGUCCUCAAGCUCCUAGGCGCUCUGGUACCAGCAGCUGGGGAAUUGGCGCAGCGGUUCAGUGCAUGCCUCGACCUGUUACUGCUGCUUCACCGCGCUGCCAAUGCCCAUGUGGCCCAGGGACGCUCCGCCUUCUACUCCUUGCCUCCGCAAGACUGUGCUCCAACUUUUGCAGGUUUUUCUAUCGUGGAGACCAGUCGCACAGCUCCGUCAUCGCUUGCAUCGAGUCCACUAUCGGGAAGCUUUGGCCAUUUACUUGGGAUGGUCUCGCGGUCAGCACCAAAUGAGGGAAUCAGGAAAGUCAAAGAACCUGAUGCCCCAAAGAUUGUCAAGGUUCGUCCCAAUGCCGUGCCAGCCGAGCUGUACAACAGCCUCGACGGCAACAGCUUGGUCGACGCGAACUUGGCAUCUGUUCAUGGAGAGCUGCCUCUGCCAUGCCCUGCCCUGGUCAAGCCAGGACCAAAGCCGACGGCCACUGAAGCAUUGAGCUUGCUGCUCUCCGGAGAGAUCGAAGCCAGUGGAAAAAGCCACGACAGGACUGAUAUGCAGCCCAGGGCUAGCUGCCCAUUUGAGAGCAGCAUUCGGCAUCCCAUGACGUCAUCGCCUGUGCCCUUGUCACCCAAUCCAUGGGCAGAAAUGGAAGAAGAGCAGGUGGAUGUUGAGGACGACAUGACUGGGCUCGUGCUAGGCCUCCUGAAGUUGCUGCAGGACAUCUUGGCGGCGACUCCAGAAAAUGUGGUUCGUGAGAAACUUGAACCCGUUGUUCAACUGGAGGCACUACUUAUCUUGGCUCAUAACGAGAACGCAUUGGUUCGCAACCAGGUUCUGUGUGUGCUGGAGGUGUACCUUAGCAAGGUCUCUGGCGAGGUGGAGGCUCGCUUCCUCAAGGCACGAGGCUUUCAGCUGCUCGGUCUACAACUGGCCCAGUAUCCGGCCACCGCGGCCUUGGUCCAGUCGUGCUGCCGGAUCUUGCUGGGCCGGCCUCUGUAUCUGGCCAGAAAGAUCCCACACGGCAGCGUGCCGGACCAGGCCUCGAACCGGGCGUCUGUCACCCUCCUGCUGUCACUUCUGCCCCGAACGGUGCAUGAUCCCAUCCUGUGCUGCGGGACGCUUUCCCUGCUGCAACAGCUAUGUGACAACAUCGAAGGCGCAGCACGCCUCCUUUAUUCCAAUGGACUGGGUGAAUCGCUGGCGUCAAUGAUCGUGGCCGCUCCGAGACAGCUCCUCCUCAGCCGAAGUUCAAGUACAGGACAUGGAGAAGGCUUUGUGGACCUGGUGCUGGCUCUCAUUAGAAGUGCCUCUCUUGCAACAGCAAGGCUUGCAAUGGAACAAAGUGGCAAGAUCUCGAUGGAGUGCUUCCAUUCACUGUGCAGCCUCUUCGCACGGCUGUCUGAAGCACACAACACACGCUGUGGCGAGACCUGCAAGGUUGUGCCCUUAUUCAGGGAGUGCCAAGCAAAGUUGUAUCUGUCGGCCCUAGAACAUAUUGAGAGUUUCUGCACUGAAGAAAAAAGAAGCCAGUCAUCACCAUCACUUCUUGAGGCGUUUGCUUCCCUACCGACACCAAUCAUGGCAGAUGUGGCGCCAUUGUCACCGGACCUCCAUGGCGGACGGCACCUGAACUACUCCGAUACGAACGGACCACGCGAAUCUGUUGCUCCUUCCAUGUCGUCCCUGUCAAGAGAGAUGGGGGCCUGGUUUGCCCUCGCCUGUGACUUUGUGAUAUACCAAGAGCUGUCUUGCGAGAGACCACCUACAGAGCUUUCACUGGUCGCUGCACUGUUGAGGAAUGCAGUUGCUGGUACAGCCUUAAGUCACCUCAGCAAAAAAUCAAAACGCAAGCUUUCCUCUCGUGAAAGGGUGCUGUCUUCUCUGAAACACGUGUUUCAGCCUCAGCUGUCGAGGCUUUGCGUCAACCUUCUCGCUCCUGGCCAACACGCGGCCUUGCGUGUCCACGUGGCAGAGGUUCUCAUGUCCUGCGAGCAGCACAGGCAAGCCCUCAAGAUGACGCUGGGGUCAUCGAGCGAUAUUCGCCUGCAAGUGAGGACCUUUGUGCAAGAGAUGCUGAGUGGAUCGGCAGCCCGUUCUGAUGCCAGUGUAGGCAGCGCAGUCGUGUCAUUGGUGGCCGUAUUGGCUCAGGAGCUGCCCAGCGUCAUGCCAAGAAAUCCCAGGCAGGAGGUUCAUGCCAACGAGGAGCAGAUCAAAGAACGCUGGUUGAACCAGUGGACAACCCAGCGGGAGACCUGGCUUUCACAGACUGCUCUUGGCCCUGAACGCAAGAAUGGCCGGCUGCGGAAGCUUGAGGCCAAGGCAUCGCAGGUGGUCGCCGAAGGAGCCAAGGUGACUCGGUCAGUUGCAGAGCUGCUGCAUGCACUUCGCAAGGAGGUCCUGCAUGAGGCUAAGGCGAGGUCAGGCCGAGACUUGGUGCUCAAGCAGACGUGGUCGCGCCUAGCUGCCCAGCUCACACAUGAAAGGGCGCCAUGGCACCUGCCUGAGAGCUUCCCUACUGCCUGGGAGCUGGACCCCACAGAAGGACCAUCGCGGAUUCGUCGACGCCUGCGGCGAGCCUUUCUGCCCGUUGACCCCAAGUUCAUACUACCCGAGCACCGGACAAGCCAGAAGGUGACGUUGCCACCUCUGCACUUUCUCUAUGACACGGACACCUCGCGCAUGGAGUCUGCCGCUUUCUUGCACCAUCUGUACAUCAAUGAAAGGAUCACCCACACUUGCAAAUGCAUCAAGAUCUGCCCCUCGUCAGACAUGCCCGGAGAAGUACUGCUUGGCGAAACCAGUCUCCAGUUCGUGCCUGACCAACUUGGAAAAUACCAGGGAUCCUUGGGCGAGGUUGAAGCCAGGCACGAGGUGUGGCCUUACAAGGAUGUCCAGGAGGUUCUCCUGCGAAGGUUUCGGCUCCGCGACAGUGCGCUUGAACUUUUCCUACGUAAUGGAGUCACUGCGUUGCUAGCCUUUCACACAACACAGGAUCGAAAUGAAUUCUGCCGCCAGCUGUGGCAGUGCCCUUACCUGGAUCUGGAGCCAUCAGAAUCGCUGGAGUCGCUGAGUCAUCGCUGGCAGGAGAGGUGCCUGAGCAACUUCGACUACCUUACACAGCUGAACAAGCUGGCUGGCCGCUCAUUCAAUGACCUCAUGCAGUACCCAGUGUUUCCAUUUGUGCUUGCAAACUAUGCUGACGACAUACUGGACUUGCGGGAUUCGGCCAGCUUUCGGUGCUUGGAGCGUCCCAUGGCAGUACAGGAUCUAGCGCGCGAAGAGCACUACCGGCGCAACUACCGUAUGGAACGGGCAAGUGCUCCGUCGGAGCGGCUCCAUCCAUGGCUGGGUCCAUUUCACUACGGUUCGCACUACAGCAACAGCGGCACCGUGCUCCAUUUCCUGGUCCGACUGCCACCUUUCACCCAGAUGUUCCUCACCUACCAAGACCAGCAGUUUGACCUUCCCGACCGCACGUUCCACAGCAUUCACACGACCUGGCGACUGGCAAGCAGCGAGUCCACAACUGACGUCAAGGAACUGAUUCCCGAAUUUUUCUUCCUGCCCGAGUUCCUUGUGAACAUGCAGGGUUUUGACUAUGGCAAGCGGCAGACAGGCGAAUAUGUCUCUGACGUGCUGUUACCUCCUUGGUGUCGCGGUGACCCACGCCUCUUCAUCCUGAUCCACCGGCAAGCCCUGGAGUCGGACUACGUGACAGAGCACUUGGGCCAUUGGAUUGACCUGGUCUUUGGCUACAAGCAGACGGGAAAGGCUGCAGAGGAGGCCAUCAAUGUCUUUCAUCCUGCAACGUAUUAUGGUGUUGAUGUGAGCUCGGUGGCCAAUGACACGGUGUCACAGAUGGCAUUGGAAACCAUGAUCCGCACCUACGGCCAGAUGCCCAAGCAGCUGUUCAGUAGCCCGCACCCACUGGUCACGCUAAGCCUGGCUGAUAACCAGCGCAGUGCUGCAAGCUCUUCUUCGGCCCAGGCAACCAUGGCUGAGGUGCGAGGGCUGUGUUGGGGCAGCUACGUUGGGAGCCCCAGCAAGCCGGCCGCGCGGCUGGUGCUGUGGCGCAGCACCCACAAGGAUCAGAGCCCCGUGAGCCACCUGGUGUCGCUUCGCACAAACGAUGUCUGGGGCCUGCCCGCACACUCCUGCCUGCUCCUCACCUACAGCCACUCUUCCGGAGGCUCAAAGGCUGCUCUACAGACGUACAUCCAGAGCACAGCACUUGUGUCAUGGCAGCAUGCAGAUGGCUUUGUUCGGCUCAAACUUCAGAAGGAUGAGCCAGCCCAACCGUUGCUUUCACCAUGCCCCGGCGACAUGGUAUCAACAUGUGCCACAGCCCCUGGUUGCCCACUUGUCUUCAUAGGAUAUGCUUCAGGUCUUCUGACUGCACAUGAAAUCAAGCUUGCAAACUCAAAGGUGGAGCACCCUUCCCGGCCCACUUGUUUGCUAGGCCACACAGACGCGGUCACGAGGGUCGAAGUUUGUACAGCCUUUGGGCUGGUGGUCACAACCAGUCGCGACGGAUCCUGCAUUGCCUGGGAUCUCAACAGGCUCGAGUAUGUUCGCACGUUGAUCGCCGGGAGCUCACCCAUCGUACUGGCUUGCAUUAGCAGCACUCUUGGAGAUGUUGCCACUGUAGAGACCACUGAAGGCUCUGCUGGCAGUUGUCUUCGAGUUCAUACCAUCAAUGGUGCCCGCGUGGGACAGCUGAGCACAGACGUGGCCAUUGGAGCCGUCUGCUACUCUGCUGCUCCCGAGGGCACCUCCAUCAAUGUGCUCGCUGCCGGCUGUGAGGACGGGUGCAUUCGGCUCUGGAGCUCAUGGGACCUGAGUCCUGUGCAAGAAAUUCAUUCAGAAAAAUGCAUAUUUCCCAUUAUCAGCCUGGCCUACUCCCAGGACCAGCAGCAUCUGUAUGCCGUCGACAAUCAUGGCGAAGUGUUCGCCUGGGAGGCGCAAGAUGGCAGCCGUGUGCCACGCUUCCACGUGUUGCUGUGAGCAACAUGACACCUAGUCUACAUCGUCGCACAGUUGAACUAAUUUUAUUACAGAUCAAGAAUAAAUAUGUUAAUGUUGUGUAAUAA